UUCUACAUGUCCCGGCCAGUUGAUAACCACACAAAGACCACCCACGUAUUCCUGGAUGUAAAGCUCUAUGCCAUUCUAGACAUACAUGACAUCACAAAAUAACAUUUUAUCAGCUGGAAGGAGCAUAUGAUAAGUUCUUGGUGUUUACAGCUGCAGCAUGUGACCAUUUAUGAAGCACUGAUUAAUUUAACCUCACAUCAGUUUGUUCAGUAAGCCUCCAUGGUCAUGGCCAUUAUAGAGGUGGUAAGAGAAAGAGAAGGACCAGCAAUUUGUUCCUUACGUUUGGAUUACCAUGGAGUGGCAUAAUGACUACAUUUAUUGGGAUCCUGAUCAAUUUUGCAGUAUUAAGUCUGUGUCUGUUCCUAGUGAAGUGAUGUGGAAGCCAGAUAUCACUAUUGAGGAGAUGACAGAGAGGGACAAGGCUCCCCCUUCUCCUUAUCUAAUUAUUACAAAUAACGGUACUGUCAAAGUUGCAAACGACCAGGUGUUGGUCAGCACGUGCACCAUGGAAACCUAUAAAUUCCCCUUUGACAUUCAGCGCUGUACCCUCACCUUCACAUCUAUUGUACACAGUGUUUUAUGUUUUUCUUCAGUCAAGGAACUCGAGCUCAAGCCCUUCGUUAACUCCGCAGAGGCCACAGAGGACUCACGCGAAGUAAUGCGGACCCAGAGCGAGUGGCUGUUCAUCAGCAUGAAUGUCAGCAACAAAAGUAUUGAAAUGGAUGGCUUUAACCAAAGUUUUGUCAUUUACACUAUCACCAUGAAAAGGAGGUCGGCUCUCUAUGUCGUCAACUUUUUGCUGCCUAUCCUGUUCUUCUUGUGUCUGGACUUGGUCUCCUUCCUGAUCUCUGACAGCGGGGGCGAGAAGCUCAGCUUCAAGGUUACUGUGCUGCUUGCUGUCACUGUGAUGCAGCUUAUUCUGAAUGAAAUCCUGCCUUCCUCGUCAGACAAGAUUCCACUUGUAGCGAUCUACUGCAUUGGGAUGUUUGCAAUGAUGAUGCUCAGUCUUGUGGAGACAAUCGUGGUGAUGUAUCUGAUAGAAAAGGACUCUGCAUCCCAAGAUGACAAUGAACACAUCGGCCUAGAUGUGAACUGUGGGGAUUCACCAGCCAACUUCCUCAACUGUUUAGAAGUUAAUAAACGGAGGCACAAUGAAAGUUCCUGUAGUGAUUCGAUUGGUGAAAUGCCAUCAGAACUGCGGUCGGUGGACAAAGAGGAUAGUGACUGCCAACUGAAGAAUGAAUCCUCUGAAAAGCUCUCAGGUGAGGCUGUGAGAACACUGAUUUUGCUCCUCAACAGUAUGAAGGCAGAAGGGAAGAAGCCCGGCUACUGGACCAGAAUGACCAAAAUAAUCAACAAAGUGUUCCUCGGCUUCUAUGUCACAGCUGCUGGUCUGUUUUUACUCUGUAUUUUUGUUGGUUGGACUAAGGAACAAGAUUAAUAGUGGUAAAUAAUGAAACAUACUGCAUGACUGACUUCUAUUUCCCACAAGUUGUAAACAUUACAAAUUGUAUACACAAGGUUGCAUGACCCUACAGUCAACACACUGAUUGUUGAUGAUCAGUGCGAUCCCGCAGGACAAUAUCAAAACAAAAUGUAUGUAUUGACUGACAACAAAUAAUACUACAGUUUAGUUUGUAAUAAGCAUUGUUGUUUUAAAGUACAAUCUCUAAAAAUGAAGCAAGUGCAAGCAAAGUUGUUUGCGAUGCUAAAUUAACAUAUGCAUACUUAUAAUCCUGAAGCAUACAAGUUCCAGGACAUUUGUAUAAUUAAUUUCAUGCCAUUUGUUUUUGUUCCUGUACAAAUGUUUUUUAAUCUCUAUUAAGAUUUACUUCUGUUCUAGGAAUGUGGAAAUCCAGUGCUGUGUAAUUCACAUCUGAUAUUUGUUUCAUGCAGUAUUUAAAAAUAAAACAUAUCAAUUUUACAUUUCAAAUAGUACAACUCACAAAUGGCUAGUGACAAAGGGAAAUUAUUAUGAUCACUAUUAUUUGUAUGUUGUCUCUGCAAGCAAGUUUUUAAUGCACUUUUUCUAAAUGCAACUUACAUGUGCAAAUAUUUGUAGAUGUUAGUAGCAAUAAUUUGUUGUUUCCAAGUCCAAGCUGAGACACCAGGUGGCACUGAAAAGCUUCAUGAGCCAUAGACAUCAUGAAAGUCUGAGUAGUUGGCUAAAAACAAUCUGUUUCCCCUUUAACAAUUUUAGACACGUUGUAUUCUGAAGAUAUGUGUUUUUCUAUGUCUUUAGUAAUGUCAUGCCACUGUGUGCUUUCACAUUUCAAGCAUUAUUCUGCUUUAUGUAUAAUAGAAUAACAGU